GCUUGGCGACCCCUACCGUCACGAGCUUCGAUCGAAAGGCGUGACAAGAUAUCCAGAAACCAGCACUGUUGCAUACCUUAAGUCAAAUCAGGUCGUUAAUCCCAAUUUACAUAUAAACCACAUCUAGGCUUCAACCAUACCCAUCCGCCCCAAGUUCGUAACCACCCUUCAUCAAACGAUAUUUUGUUUACUCUGAUUUUCCGCUAGAUUCUCACAAGUAUCUCUCACCCCCGCAUAGACACUCACAAUGGGUUACGUCCUCUACAUCGCCAACAAACGCUACUCUAGCUGGUCCAUGAGACCCUGGGUCCUCCUCAAGGCCCUCAACGUCCCCUUCGAAGAGCGCCUCCAGACCUUCGUCGCCGGUCUCCGUCAACCCGCGUUCCUGAGCUUCUCUCCCUCAGGAAAAGUACCCACCCUCCAGGACGGUGACACCACCAUCUGGGAUUCCCUCGCCAUUGUAGAAUACAUCGCCGAAGACCACCCGGCCGCCUGGCCGCAAGACAAAGUCGCUCGCGCCUUCGCCCGUAGCGCCGCCGCCGAGAUGCACACCGGCUUCGAGGCCAUCCGCGACCAAUGCUCCAUGAACGUGGCGCUACGCAUCGACCUCGGCGGGCCGCCCGACGCGGCGUUGCAGCGCGACCUUGACCGGCUCGAGAAGCUCUGGGUCGAGGGUCUGACGCGCUUCGGCGGGCCGUACCUCGCGGGUGCGGAGUUCAGCGCCGCGGACGCCUUCUUUGCGCCUAUUGCGACGAGGAUCCAGACUUUUGGGUUGAAGGUUUCGGAGCCUGCGAUGAAGUAUGUGGAGACGCUCUUGGAGCAUCCUGCUGUUCAUCAGUGGGUUGUGGAGGGUAUUGCUGAGACGGCGAGGGAGCCGUACCAUGAGAAGGACGUGUUGAGAGGACGAAAAGUUAUCAAGGACUUGACCCAGACUCAAUGAUGG